UGUUCAAUUCAAGACAGUGGGAUGGCUGUCAGCAGGGCUCAUAAUUAUUUGCCUGCCUUUCAGUCAUUUUUCAACUUCACCGGCAACACAGAUGACCGUGGAGUCUGCCAGUGCUCCGUUAUCCUGCCAGACAACACCUUUCCUGUGGUGAGAGUGGAACGCCUGGAAAUCACAGCUCAGACUAUCUCCAAGAAGUUCGAGAAAGAGCUCUCUAAAGUAAAGGAGUAUGUCCAAUUAAUCAGCGUGUAUGAAGAGAAACUCUUAAACCUGACUGUCCGAGUAUCGAUCAUGGAAAAAGAUUCCAUUUCUUACACUGAACUGGACUUUGAGCUGAUCAAGAUGGAAGUGAAGGAGAUGGAGAAACUGAUCGAGCAGCUGAAGGUCGGCUUUACCGGAAGCUCAGUGAUCAUCGACCAGUUGGAAGUGGAGAUCAGGAACAUGACUCUCCUGGUGGAGCAGCUUGAGACUCUGGACAAAAACAACGUUCUUGCCAUUCGCCGACAAAUCGUGGCUCUGAAGAACAGGCUCAAGGAAUGCGAGGCCUCUAAGGUCGAAAGUGCCCCCCUGCCCCCUGCGCCAGGGAGCUGUGCGCAUGGCGGUGUGGUGAACAUCAGCAAACCAGCUGUAGUUCAGCUCAACUGGCUAGGGUUUAGCUAUAAGUACGGUGCCUGGGGUCGGGAUUACUCUCCCCAGAAUCCAGGCAAUGGGCUGUACUGGGUGGCACCUUUGAAUACAGAUGGGAGAACUUUGCAAUAUUAUAGACUCUACAAUACAAUGGAUGAUUUGCUGUUGUAUACGAAUGCCCGAGAGAAUCAAAUUUUCUAUGGCCAAGGCAGUGGUACAGUAGUUUAUAAGAACAACAUGUAUGUCAAUUGGUACAACUCCCAGAACAUGGCCAAAAUUAACCUGACCACCAACAAGGUUGAUUUGACCCAAAUUCUCCCUAAUGCUGCCUAUAAUAACCGCUUUUCGUAUGCUAAUGUUGGUUGGCAAGACAUGGACUUUUCUGUGGAUGAGAACGGAUUGUGGGUAAUUUAUGCAACUGAAGCCAGCACUGGUAACAUCGUGAUUAGUAAACUCAACGACAGCACGCUUGCAGUGCUCAACACUUGGCAUACCAAGCAGUAUAAACCAUCUGUCACUAACACGUUCAUGGUGUGUGGGGUUCUGUAUGCCAUGCGUACUCUCAACACCAGAAGAGAAGAAAUUUUCUACUAUUAUGACACAAACACAGGAAAAGAGGGCAAACUUAGCAUUGUGAUGCAGAAAAUGCAAGAGAAUGUGCAAAGUAUUAACUACCACCCUUUUGAGCAGAAGCUUUUCGUCUAUAAUGAUGGUUACCUUCUGAGUUAUGAUCUUGUCUUCCAGCCGCUACCCCGGUAAAUUUUCAUGUGUUAGGGUGGAGGGAAAUAAAAUUUUUACUGAAAAAAAAAA